AUGCAAGCUUGUCGCAUCGCAAAGCGAGUCUGUUCCAAAAGUUCAGCAGCAUUGCAACUAGCGCGUUGCACUAUCUUAAAGUUUACUCUGCACCGACGUUCGUAUGUGUCCGUUUUAAAGGAUGAGUUCUUUCUCGAAUUGGGCGACUCUUUGCCUGAAGUGAGUAUCGAAUGGGAGCAGUGGGGUGACUGCUCGCUUCCAGGCAACCGGACUAUCGUGGUGUUGCCUUCCUUCUCGCACUCAAGCCAUGCCGCUUCCAACCGGGACGAUCCUCGGCCUGGCUGGUGGGAAAACAUGAUCGGCCCCGGUAAAGCCAUCAAUACGUCAUUCUUUCGCGUCAUUUGUCCGUCCGUUCUGGGCAGUCCAUUCGGAGCUACAUCGCCUGUUACCGUCAAUCCGCGCACUGGUGAAAAGUACAAGACCUUAUUCCCUCAGAUCACACCCGCCGACAUGGCGCGCUGUCACGCCAAGGUGUUGGAUGAUCUAGGUAUCGACAACGUCCAUACAGUCGUUGGUGCUAGUAUGGGCGGCAUUCAAGCGCUUGAGUUCGCAGCUCAGUUUCCACGACGCUUGGACCGUCUUGUCGCUCUUGCCUGCACGCAUCAAACUACUCCUGGUACAGUCGCCUUUCGUCAUGUUCAGCGUCGUGCAAUCCUUGCCGAUCCAAUGUACAAGGACGGUAAUUACACACCUGGCGUACCUCUUGAAGGCAUGAAAGUGGCGCGAGAGCUGGGUUUAACAUGCUAUCGUUCGCGCGAGGAGUUUGAUGCACGCUUUGAUUGGAACCCCACUGGUCCGAUGCAUUUCAAGACGGCGACAUUUGAGGUCGAGAGUUACAUGGACUACCAGGCUAACAAGUUUGCUCGAUCCUUCGACCCAAACUGCUACUUGCUGUUGUCCAAGGCCAUCGAUUUGACCAAUUUGGGUCGCAAGUCGCUAAAUUUGGCCGAAGGCACAAGUCGUAUUAUGUGCAAUACUCUGAUCAUUGGUAUUAAGCAAGACCUACUGAUACCAAUCCAGGAGCAGCGCAAUCUUGUACAGAUUCUGCAGUCGUAUGGCCACAACGCGCAAUUAGUGGAAGUAGACUCCAAAUUCGGGCAUGACGCCAUGUUUAACGGUCAAAUGCAGUCAAGCGUGUUUGCACCUCUGAUACGCGAGUAUAUCGAGGAUCAACUUACCACGAUCUUGAUGCAAGAACAACAUCGCUAUAGCAGUCUAUAG